GCCAAGACCGUAGGAGGUAGACCUAGCUCUCCUGGCAGGCUCCUUCAUUUGAAAAGCAUCGUCACGUCGGUGCCUGACUGGGUUCAGAAGUAUCGCAGACUCGAACCACUGGCGGCUGAGGAAGUGCAGACCGGCCCGACGACCAUGAAGUAUUCCCUGGCGCUGUUUCUGGUGGCGGCCCUGUGCCUCCUCCCCGGCCUCUGCCUCGAGGUCUGGAAAACGACAAACGACUACAUCAGCUUCGCGGUGAUGAAAAGUUGUCUGGGCGAAGAAUUAACCGUCCAGAUGGAGAGGAAGGGGAUUCUCCUUGGCCAGGAAUGUCUUCAGAAAUUGGAACCUCAGCCCGCGAGCCUAAACGCCCGUAGCAGGAGGAAUAUAUUGAAGAUGCCUCCCAACCCCUCAGUCGGUCUCCAAAUGUGCAAUAUGAAAGCGUGGGAUAUGCUCAGCGAAGACGGCACAAUACUUUUCGAAAACGUGGAUUCAUUCUUUCGAAAUGUCUCCCAUGACAAGACACUCCAAGAUGAUUUUCUACAGCUUUCCCUUUCUUGCAAGACGUCUUCCCCGCCUACAACAGGACUACAAGAAGAUCAGAAACACACGGUUGUAGUCAGUUAUCUGAGCUGUUUGAACAAGGGCGGUUUAAAGGCCUGUAUGGACUACGAACAUAGGAAAUAUUUUAAUGAUUUGUAAAGCGAUGGGGAGAAAUCAGAACAAUAAUGCUAAUGAUUAUGAAGUAAUGAUGAGGAUGAAUAUGAUUCUUUGCGGUUAUAAUGAGGAAAAUGGUGGUAGUGGAAAUGUGGAUAAUAGUGAUGGAACACACAUCUGCUCUAUUAUAAAACAUUUUACGCUUUUUAUGUACAGACAAGGAAUGAUAUAAGUGACAUGGAUAUUUUAAUAUGAUACAUCCUGAAAAUAUGAAUAUUUUCUAUUUUCAUUUUUUAUGCAGUUCAUUUGUAAGAGUAUAUAAAGUAUAACUUUGUAAUAAAAUAGUACUACUAAAGAAAUAAUAAUUGUAAAGUAGAGCAGCUGCUUCCCCUAGACAUACUUAUAUGAUUAAAUAGUUUAGAUAUGACUAGAAGAAUAAUGAUCAUGAUGAAAGUAUUAGUAAUCAUAAUAAUGAUGAUUAUGAUAAUAAAAAAUAAUGAUAAUAUCAGCAACAACAACAAUAGUGAAAAUGAUAAAGUAAAUGUAAUUAAUAAUGAUAAAGAUAUGGUAAUGACAAGAAUAACACAAAGAAUAAAAAAUAACCAUCAUCACCUCCAUAAGCCAUUAAUAUUUGUAGCAGCAUCACCAAUUACAAAAAAAAAAAAAAAAAAAAAAAACAAUAU